AAGAAAAAUAUAUUUUCUGUAUUAUAUACACCAAACAUAACAUGAAGUUCACUGGAUCUAGUCUUUUUUUUUCUGCUGUUUAUCUUGCUUCUAUUGUUGCUGCACAGAAAUCAAUUGUAUCAAUUACUUCUCCUUUAGCUAACACUAAAUAUAAGGCUGGACAAGAAGCUAUCAUUUCUUGGAUUAACCCUUCUGUUCAAACUAUUCCUCAAAUUGUUUUAGCAAAGGGUCCUUCUACUGCUCUUCAACCCAUCAUGACAAUUGCUACUAAUGUAAAUGCUAAUGAUAUGAAAUAUGUUUGGAAAAUUCCUGAUAACCUUGAAAUUGGCACUGAAUAUGCAUUUGAAUUAGGCUCUUCACCCGAUCUUGCCUUUGCUGGGCCUUUUAUAGUUGAAAGUGGUGGAAGUAGUGCUUCUCCUUCAUCUAAUUCUAGUCCUUCUAGUGGUUCUACUUCAUCUUCUUCCUCUCCUGCUAGUGGAAAUAACAAUGCUGUCGCUACUCCAGCUGCUCCAUCUUCUACUAGUGGAUCAACUAGUCAGACUUCAUCAAAUAAUAAUCCUAAUACUUCUCAUACUUCAGCGGGUAAUAAGCAAUACGCUGGUUCAGCUAUGAUUGCUUUUGGCGUAACUGCUGCUAUUGCUUCUCAAUUCUUCUAAGAAAAAAAAAAGUAUAAUUUUAUAUAUAAUUACUAUUUCCUUUUACUUUAUGUAUUCUCCCUUUUCUUUUUUUUUUUUUUUU